GCUAAGACAGUAAAUUUAUCCCAGACAGACCAUAACACCAACAUGUGGUUUUAGUUUUUGAAUACUGUUGUGCCUUCACAUGGACAGCAACUUUUAAGACACACUCAUAUAAAUCACAAUGCUCACCUCUGAGAAUUGCAGAUCAGAAGAGCUUAAGCUUUUUCAAGCUACUCAACCAAAAUGGAGACAAGGGCCAUGAUCCUUUUCAUUGUAGCUCUCAUGGCUGCUUGUUGUUCAGCUCAGCCGAAGAAAUCUUUCGAAGACAAUUUCAGUAUAAUGUGGUCUGAAGAUCACUUCAAGACUUCGGAAGAUGGUCAGAUCUGGUACCUUAACUUAGACAAGGAUACAGGUUGUGGGUUUCAGACAAAACAAAUGUACAGAUUUGGUUGGUUUAGCAUGAAGCUUAAGCUGGUUGGAGGAGACUCUGCUGGAGUUGUCACAGCUUAUUAUAUGUGUACUGAAAAUGGGGCAGGGCCAACCAGAGAUGAGCUUGAUUUCGAGUUUCUGGGGAACAGAACAGGGGAGCCAUAUCUGAUACAAACAAAUGUGUACAAAAAUGGGACUGGAAACAGAGAAAUGAGGCACAUGUUAUGGUUUGAUCCUACUGAGGAUUUCCACACUUAUUCUAUCCUUUGGAACAGUCACCAGAUUGUAUUUUUUGUGGAUAAAGUUCCGAUAAGAGUGUACAAGAAUGCAGAUUACGAGAACAAUUUUUUCCCCAAUGAGAAGCCAAUGUACUUGUUUUCGAGUAUCUGGAAUGCAGAUGAAUGGGCAACAAGAGGGGGACUAGAGAAGACAGACUGGAAAAAAGCACCAUUUGUGUCAACAUACAAGGAAUUUAGCGUCGAAGGAUGCCAGUGGGAAGACCCUUACCCUGCCUGUGUAUCGACUACAACAAAGAACUGGUGGGAUCAAUAUGAAUCUUGGCAUCUUACCAAGGACCAGAAGACUGAUUUUGCUUGGGUUGAGAGAAACCUUGUUAUUUAUGAUUACUGCAAGGACGCAAAGAGGUUCCCAACCUUGCCUGAGGAGUGUUCAUUGAGUCCAUGGGAUUAGGGGUCAAGACAGAUCAGUGAUUUAUCCAUCAUCCUGUGAUUUCAAAUAAGUAUAUAGAGAGGCAUAUGUUAUAUUCUUUUGGAAAUUGUAUGCAAAUUAAAUUUAUUUGUUCGGGUUUA